CAAACGAACGUAUGUGUGCUAACGCUGGCUGCUCUACACAUUUCGACUUUAGUCAUUUGUUAGACAUCAACCGAAACGAAUGUAUUUUUGGCCGAUGUCACCGGCAUCAGUAAAAUAUUUCGCGAACACUAUUUUCGAAAUGUGAUUCAUUUUAAAUUGUUUUUGUGAAGUGGUUGUGUAGAAAUCUCAAAAUUGACGAAAAAAUAGAAAGAAUUUAAAAAAAAAAAAUGAAAAAUGUGCAUUUCAAGCGAAAAAUGAACGAUUCAUAGCUGCAUAACUUCUCAUAAAAUAUCCAUCAAUUUUCUGAUGUAAAUGUUAAAGAAAAUCACGUCCGAAAACUGCAUGCAAUUUUAUCGUUGUGAAUAUUUUACAAUUUUCCAAAAAAAAAAUUAUAGAACAUCAAACAACAAUUCAUCGUUGAAGCGUGUAAUGAAACUAAGUUCACGAGUGAACAAUCAAAUCCGACAAAAACGAAGACUACGAACAACGGAAUUAAAACAUUUAUUGCAUCGAACGAACAGAGAGAGAGAGAGAAAAACCAUCAAAAAUCACGAGCAUACACAAGUGCAUAAAACUUAUAAUGGAUUUAUUGGUCGAAAACAGAAAACUAACUUUCUCUCUUAUCCAAUUUGAAUCACAAUUUUCGGUUUUCUACAAAAAGUUCAUGUGAAUGUGUCUAUUUUGCUGUUUUAGUGAAAAUUUGAAAAAGAAAAAUUUGAAAUAGUCAGAACUAAAAAUUGUAAACUUUCUAUACACACACACACACACACAUAGGUUUAUUCAUUAUCGUCACAAUCACAAAUCAUUAAAAAGCUACAAAACUGAGUUAAGACUCACACUCAAAAAAAAAGACAAUUCGCAACGGAACAACAAAAAACAAUCAGCGGAAGAGAGGAGGAUCGAUCGGGAGAAAAAAACCAUUAGCCAGAAACAAACACGAGAGCUAGAAAUAAAAUUUACACGAUAACAUUAAGAAAAACUGUGAAACGGGUUUUUUUCGCACUGUUACAGGACAUAAACUCACAGCCAAAAGACUUGAAAAGCAUCAACAGCGAGACAUUGCACAAAUAUAUAUACAAAUACGCGAACGAUUGAGUGAGACAAAAAAGUGCUUUCACAAAAGAGAUAGAAUUGUUAUUCUUUGUGCAAAGAAUAUUGUGUUGUGCUGCGUCGGCGUUUUUUUUUUGCAUCGAAUGCAUUUGAAGCGAAAACAGUGGUUAUUUCCCGCAAUUCCGACAAUUUUCGCAUUGCAACCAUCCAGCCCGACAUCGUUGUUGUCGUCUAUUCACAAUCCACUAUUUUCCACACUUACUCAAUCGCGUAUUUUGUGCGUUUGCAAAUAAAUGUGUCGCGUUGAAUCUGCUGCUGCUGCACAGACGAUUGAAAACGAGGUGAAAAACACACCACGGGCCGUGCAUAAGAGACAAAGAAGCAGGCAGGUUUUUUUACGUGCUGUUUGUUUAUUUCGCUUGAUAUGCAAAUACACAAUGGAUGUUAGUAUGUUUACGCUUCGAACGAGCAUGUUGUCACAGUGCUGAAGUCACAGUGCGAGUGAAAUUAUGUAAUAUUUUAUGCAUACACACAUCGAGCGAAAGGGAAAUACAAAGGGUACGUGAGGCAUAGUGUAAGGAAAGAGAGUAACGGAAAGAGAAAGUCGACAAAAGACAACUGGAUUGCUUAUUAGUGCGAGAGAUACAGAAGGCAUUAAAUUGCAUUCAGUCACAAACAAAAACAAUUUUCCCUUUUUUCAUCUGAGGCAUAGUUCCAUUUUUUUUUUCGUUGUUUUCAUUGUUAUUGCCAUUCAUUUCUUUGUUCCUUUUGGCAGUUCUUUUUUAUUCUGCUGUGCUACAUUAAAUGUCUAACUGUUUGUGUAUUUGUAGCUCCGGUGCGUAAACUGUUUCAAUUUGAAAGCGAAUCACAACAAAAACGGAUUCACGAGUGACGAGAUAGUGAACAAUAAAACUGGUCAAAUAUACAUUUUUCAAAGUGUACGAUCGUCGCCGUGGUGAAACAAUUCUUUUAGUGUUACAUUGAGUGAUAUACAUGUGCGACGUGUUCAUAAUAAUGCAUCGUCGCUUAUGUUCAUUUUCGUGGCAUGCAAACAUGGUGACGGCAAUCGAUGAAGUUAUUGUAUGAGUCUGUGAAGUGCUCGCGCGCAUAUUUGUGAGUAACGCGUGUCACGCUCAGAUUUUAUAAUGAAAAAUUUAUGAGACUUGCCCCGUUUCAACGAGUAAAAGAGUCGAAAAACGGGAAACUGAAUUUAUACACACAAAGAGAACAGAGGGAAAAACGGAAACUCCAAACUGAGGAAGAAAAAAAUAUAUACAAGAAUAAGGCAAGCGAACUACCAGGCGGAAAUCGUGAAUAACGUUAAAAAGACAAAAAAAAAAAAAACGGAAAAAAAUAAACAAAGUGAGACCGGCAUCACAAACGGUUGAUGUAAUAAAACGCCAUUCGAACACACAGAAACCGGAGAGUAAGAGCGAAGAGAGGAAAGAAACGUGCAACGAGGCUAACGAGAAAUGCAAUUUUAUGGUAUUUGUGCUCCAUUGUAAAAAUGCAAUUAAGAUGAAGUUGGAUAUUUUAAAUAUACUCUGUUUGUGGAUUGGACUCUUUACCGUUGCUAAAAUUCCGUUGCUCGCAUACGGUAAACAGCAUUCCACAGAAGACACAACAUCAGAAAUAAAUGAAUUGAAUUUACCUCGUUUUGCUGAACCAAUACCAAAUAUCACUGUGACUAUUGGUAAAGAUGCGCUUCUUGCUUGCGUUGUAGAUAAUUUAAAAUCAUAUCGGGUGGCAUUUGUUAGAGUCGAUACACAAACUAUUCUUUCCAUUCAUCAUAAUUUAAUUACACAAAAUCAAAGGAUAUCAUUAACACAUAAUGAUCAUCGUUCAUGGUAUUUACACAUUAAAGAGGUGGAAGAAGAUGACCGAGGAUGGUAUAUGUGCCAAAUCAAUACUGAUCCGAUGCGGUCAAGAAAGGGCUAUUUACAAGUGGUAGUUCCGCCGAUAAUUGUCGAAAGCCACACAAGUAACGAUAUGGUUGUGCGUGAGGGUAGUAAUGUCUCCCUGGUGUGUAGAGCGAAAGGAUAUCCUGAACCAUAUGUAAUGUGGCGCCGAGAAGAUGGUGAUGAAAUGACGAUAUCUGGUCAAAGCGUGAAUGUAGUUGACGGUGAAAUGCUGACUAUAACAAAAGUGAGUCGAUUGCAUAUGGCGCCGUACCUUUGUGUCGCCUCGAACGGCGUUCCGCCAAGUAUCAGCAAACGAGUAUUACUCAGAGUCCAAUUUCCGCCGAUGCUCAGCAUUCCAAAUCAAUUAGAAGCAGCAUAUCAAGGACAGGAUGUUACAUUGGAAUGUCAGACUGAAGCAUAUCCUGCAUCGAUUAAUUAUUGGACGACUGAAAAAGGCGAUAUGAUCAUAUCGGAUGCGGCAAGAUCCGGUGAAAAAUACGAGACAUCGUCUACAAAUGUUGGCUACAGCAAGUACAUGAAAUUGAAAAUUCGAAAUGUUGGACCAGGAGAUUAUGGAUCAUAUCGAUGCGUGGCCAAAAAUUCACUAGGCGAAACCGAUGGACUAAUCAAACUCGAAGAACUAAUUGCACCGACUACGGUGAAAACAACCGAACACUACAUGGAAAAUGGUAGAAAAUCGAAAGACUCACAAAUGGCCGGCGACUAUGGCGUGGAAGAGUGGAAAGAUGGUGAACACAAUGGUGAAUAUUCAGGUGCAUCAAAGCCACCAAAUCAACAUCCUCCCGGGGCUUACAGUGACGCCAUAACCAUAACCAUUUCAACUCGUUCGAGUCGUGGUUGCUUUUGUAUUUUUUAUGCUCUUGUACUUUUAGUUAACUGCAAAACUUUAUUUUUGGUUGGUAAAAUUUUCCACUUGAAUAGGUAAAAAUUUCCACCACGAUCAAACAUACAUAGAAAAACACAGAAAAAAAACUCAAAAACAUAUACCUAUAGACAUAUUGUAUUGCGUACACAUAUAAACAUGAUAAGAACGGAGAAUAAGUAAACUGAGUUAAAGAAAUGAGAGAAAGAAAACUAGUAUUUGUUUAAAAUUAAGAGAGAAAACUCGAAACGAAAUUCCAAAAGUUUAUUCGAAGAAAAUGUUCCAUUUGUAUGUUUGUGUAUGUUAGCUGUGCAAGAGAAAUGAGUGAACAUGAGACGAUUCUAUUGUUAGAAGUAGUUAAAGUGAGACCGAGUAUGCGUGACUCACGCAGUGUGACGCUCGUCAAGAGAAAUAAACUGAUGUGUUAGUGUUGUAGAGUAGGGCGGUAAAAUGUCCGUUAUGAAUUGAAAACAAUGGAAUUAAGAAACUAAAGCAGUUGAAAAUGAAAAUCGACAUUUCGCUUAUUACGAAUUAUGCUGAAUGAAUGGGGGCGAUGAUGGUGGAUUGAAUCGAAAAUAUUGUCGAUUUUCUAAAGUAAAACUAUAUUUUAAUUAUUUAUACACUUUUGCCAUCAAAACGCAUGAAGGUUGAAGGGGAGGGAGAGAAAACAGUUCGCAAGACGGCAUCUUAUUAUAAAGCAAUAAGUGAAAAUGGGAAAAGUUUUGUGUGUGAAAUCGCUAGAGAAUAUUAUUGACAUGGAUUGAAAGAAAAGUACGUGCAUGUUAUUGCAAAACACACAUACACACUACCUACAUACCGUCAUUCACUUUUCCAAUCUCUAUAUAACUAUAAGCAGAAAAGUCUGUUUGAAAAUUAUAAUUUACGAGUGGAAAUACUACAAUCGAACAACUGUAUGGCGCACAGUGUAACAAAGCACACAUACUACAUGGGAAAUAUAGCUAUUUUCAAAUUGUGUUGCGAUAAGUGUCAAACGUAUAUCGAAUGGGAAGAGAGGAAGAGAAAAAGAUACAAAAAACGACAACUUUUUUCAUUCAUGUUCUCGAAAUGAUUCCCAUAAAUUGUUUAUUUGUGUUCAACUUUGAAAGCAUAGCGAAAAAUCAAUUUAUUUUCCUGUACAAAAUUUCUGUUCACUGAUUUUGUUUCGACGGUAUCGACAUUUGUGUGUAUAUGUGCUGGGAAUUAAGUUGCCACACACAUUUACUAUUUAGCCAAAUAUCAAUAAGCGCACAAAUCGUGAGCAUCGUGCAUUCUCUUUCUCUCCCUCUGUCUCUCUCGCUUCUUGAACCCUCAUAUCUAAAAUGCUGCUAGUUUCCUGCCAACGGAAAUCUGGCUCAAUUCAUUUUGCUGAAUAAUGCGGUUAAUUAGAUUCAAUUUAAAAUUUUCUUUGUGCAGAAAUGUGUGUAUUCAAAACAACAUCCGUGAAUCUCGUCUAUGCAAAUAGCGUAAUACAAUACCAUUGUUAUGCAUAUCUAAUACUUGGAAUUAGCUGAUUAUUAACGUGUGUGUGCGCGCAAUCCGAUAAAACUAAACGCUUCACACAUAAUCAAAAUCUGGUAAAUCUCAUUUUCAUUUCGUUAAUUUUGUAUGCCAAAUGCCAUUGCAGUGGCAUUUUAUCGCAUCGUAAUAUCACUCACGUGCUCUAUGUUUAUAUUAAUUAGUGUAUUCAAUUGUUAGAGAGGGCGUACGUGAAUUGAAUUGCUUAGCACAUUUUUUGUGCCGUUCUCUCAGCAGCUUUUAAAGCUGUGGAAUUUCUCUUUUUUUUGGACAUAAUGACACGGAUACUUUUGGGGUUAUUAAAAUUGACUGAUAUGUUGGCGUUUUGAACGAGGAGACCGAUGGGGGCGAAAUUAUAGAAAAAAACUCUUUUAGCUCAAAUUACAUGUCAGUCUGCAAAAACAUGGAUGCAAUAAUCUAAACAUAGAUCCAUAUAAAAAUAACAAACCUAAAUACUAUUUAAAUAUUGGUGAUUUGUUGAGAGAUAAUGAAGGAUAUAUAUGUAAAAAAGUGACUAUUAUACAAGAUUGAAUGUUGCAAAAAGAAACUGAUCGUUUUUAAAAUGCAACGUCAUCUAUCUACCGAAGAUAAUAUUUAACUGAAAAUUGGAAAUUUGAUGAACGGUCGUUGGUUUGCGAUUUCCGCUCAACAUACUAUGCACUGAUUAUCCUUUUGUUGUUUCUAAAUAUAAGUUGAAUGAGUAAAGAAAAACGCUUUGCCAUAAAUAUAUAAUGACGUUUCAUGGAUAACAAUGAAUGAAAAAGCGGCACAAAGAAUUGUGGAAACAUGUAAAAUCAACUAA